AUGUUAAAACAAACCAAGGAUAAGUCACUUUCAUAACUAAUAGUAGAGUUAUAAUAGAAAUAUUAAGAUGAGAAUGACCAAUCGAAUUUAUUCUAGAAACUUUAUCAAUAAUAAGUGGAAUAAGAAAGUUCUACAGAAUCAUCCAAUAUUGUUCCUCCUAUUUUUUCGGGAUCUACUGGUUCCUAAUCCUCCAAUUCAUAGGAAGUGGAAAAAAAAAUAAAGAAAGCAAAAAAAAGUCAAAAUCCUAAUAAAGGAACUCAGGAUGAGAAACAACUUUAAACAGAGACAAAAGAUAAAAAAACUCUAUUAAUGAUCCGUAAUAGAAUAUCAGCAUAAAAUUCCAGAGAUAGGAAGAAAGCCUACCUCUAAAAUUUGGAAAGGGAUUUUUAAAAAUAGUCUCAUUAUCUCCAAGAAUUAACAGAAUAGGUUAGUCAAUUACAACAGUAAUUGGAAGAAGCUCAAAAACUUAAUUAAAAUUUACAAUCCUAUUAGUAGAAUCUACUUUGUGUAAAUUGUGGUAGCAAGCAAUUUGUCUUUGAAGAGGAAGCGCCUAUUUCUGUUUCCAAGAAUAGAACAUUGGGCAAUUUGGGAUUUUCAUUCAUAGUUAUACUCACUAUUUUUGCUUGUCUCUCUAUUAACUUUGAUACUACGCCUUAAAACUUAAAUAUUUCUCCAUAAAUAUAGACAGAGAAACCGUUCAUCAAAGAGAUAAAUAAUACAGACCAGCAUUAUGGAAUCUUGAAGUAGGUUGAAAAUAGUAGGAUUAAAGGGGUAACCUAACUAAUGGAUUACAAUUCAGAAUACAAUUACAAAUUGUAUGAUACUACUUAUGAGGCCAACUUAAAUACAAAAGUUAGUUUUGUCAACGAAAUGAUAAAUUAUAAUAAAGAGAGGGCUAAGUAAAAUAAUGGUUAGGCAUUAGCCCCUCUCAACUAUCAUAAACCAUAAGUAGAUUCAUUUUAUUGUCCAACCGUUUAUAAGUAUGACAACCAAACUUAAAAUAAAAUACAGGUCAAAUACUAGGAUGAAUAAUGGAUUCAUUUAGUUAUUCCAAAGAAUAAUGUCAACAUAUUUUAUCAAAAUUAAGAUAAAUCAAUCAUAUUGAAAGAAACAUAUCCAGAUUAAGAUGUUGAUAUGAGAGAGAAGUAUUAGGAAAUUUGGUGUUAAGUUAAAAGUAAAGAUGACUUUUAUCUUGAAACAUUGAUUUGA